CGUUGGCCAGGGGGAACGGAAAUCACCGAUCAUGAUGGAAACUACAUCGAAGAUGGCGUCAGCUCAGCCACCGUCUUCUCCAUAGUUCCCCGGGCGGGCGGGCACAGCGCGCAUGCGCCGCCCGGCGUCCUCAGCGCGCCUGCGCGGGCGCAGAACUUCCCCAGCCCCACUCCCGCCGCCGCGGCUGCUGCGCUGACGGCGGGUGCCGGAACCUCAGAGUUACUAAUUUAUUUUCGAGAAUCCUCUACUCUCAUCUGUCCUCAUGGAUGAACUUCAGGAUGUUCAACUCACAGAGAUCAAACCACUUCUAAAUGAUAAGAUGCCAGUAGCACCCCUGAGUCAUGACAACCAAAGAUGUCUCCAGACGUUGUCAGAUGUCUCCUGGCGGGCAGACUCUCCGCAGUUGAGAACCACUGCUAUUAGGAAUGGUACACGAAACUUCCAGGACUUUGACUGUCAGGAACAUGAUAUAGAAACAACGCAUGGUAUGGUGCACGUCACUAUUAGAGGCCUACCGAAGGGAAACAGACCAGUUAUUCUGACAUAUCAUGACAUUGGCCUCAAUCAUAAAUCCUGUUUCAAUGCGUUCUUUAACUUUGAAGAUAUGCAGGAAAUCACCCAGCACUUUGCUGUCUGUCAUGUGGAUGCCCCAGGCCAGCAGGAAGGUGCACCCUCUUUUCCAACUGGGUACCAGUACCCAACAAUGGAUGAGCUGGCCGAAAUGCUGCCUCCUGUUCUCACCCACUUAAAUCUGAAGAGCAUCAUCGGGAUUGGAGUUGGAGCUGGAGCUUACAUCCUCAGCCGAUUUGCUCUCACCCACCCAGAGCUUGUGGAAGGUCUUGUGCUCAUUAACGUUGACCCUUGUGCGAAAGGCUGGAUCGACUGGGCAGCUUCCAAACUCUCAGGCUUGACAACCAAUGUUGUGGACAUUAUUUUGGCUCACCACUUUGGACAGGAAGAGUUGCAGGCCAACCUGGACCUGAUUCAAACCUACAGACUGCAUAUUGCCCAAGAUAUCAACCAAGAAAACCUACAGCUCUUCCUGGCUUCCUAUAAUGGACGCAGAGACCUGGAGAUCGAAAGACCCAUUCUGGGACAAGAUGGUAACAAAUCAAAGACAUUAAAGUGUUCUACUUUAUUGGUGGUAGGUGACAAUUCACCUGCAGUUGAGGCUGUGGUUGAAUGCAAUUCUCGCCUAAAUCCUGUAAAUACAACUUUGCUAAAGAUGGCAGACUGUGGUGGGCUACCCCAAGUAGUUCAGCCCGGGAAGCUCACCGAGGCCUUCAAGUACUUUUUGCAGGGAAUGGGCUACAUCCCGUAUGUGCAGCUCAGUCACCUGAGCACCGAGUCAGUCCCAUCUGCCAGCAUGACCCGGCUCGCCCGAUCACGGACCCACUCCACCUCGAGUAGCAUCGGCUCUGGAGAAAGUGCCUUCAGCCGAUCUGUCACCAGCAAUCAUUCAGAUGGAACUCAAGAAUCCUCUGAGUCCCCUGAUGUUCUGGACAGACACCAGACCAUGGAGGUGUCCUGCUAAGCAGAUGCUCCUCCCCUGGACCAUGCAAGUCCAUCCUCCUUCAGACAACCCCUCCAUAAUAUUACACUUCAUCCAACAAACUGGCAUCUGUCUUUAACUCCUGCAUGGCCAUUGACUCUCUUUCUGGUAUCCUGGAUUUAUCAUCCUCUCUGCCUGCCCACACGCCUUUUUGUAUGUACCGAGAACCACUUCCAUGCCAUCACUGUAACAUUCCAACAUCUUUAGCUGAUCAGAUCUCCAUAUCUUCUCUUGCCAGGUUUUCCCUGUGCUUUCCCAACUAUGUAGCUACGAUUCUUUGAUCCUGACGUAUGUGUGAGCACGUGUGUCUGUGUUUAUGUGUGCAUAGUUCUGUGAUUUUAGACAUGCUUUCUUGUAGAGCUUCUGCAAAGAAACAAAAAAGGGAUUUUUUUUUUUUUUUUUUUUUGCAUUUUCAGUGGUGUUUUUAGGGGAAAUUUGUAGAACAGUUUUCUAGGGUGGGUCGACUGCUGCAUUCUCUUUCAGUUCCAAAUUGGUCAACAAGAUUUGCAAAGUGACUUGAGGAGAGAGCAGCUCUGAGGAAUAUGGGAGGUGAUAAUUCUGUUUGGACUGUUGAAGGGAGCCUGUUACGUAGAGAAGCAGGCCGGGUGACCAGCCACCCUCCCCUGUCCAAAUGAGUUCACAUGUACUAUUCUAUAAAUAAAAGGGAGGGCUAUGUUCUCGGAGAAGCCCGUGAACGAUGAGGUUCUGAUGCAACGUGGAGUUUUUCUCAAGGAGUGAGUAUGGCUUAAUUACUGGACUCUCUUAGCACAGGAAGGUGAAAAAUGAAAUUCCAGGCCUCUGCUCUGUCAGAGCAAAACUGAUGUCUCUGCAGUUUCUGAUACCACAUACCAGACGUCCACAGGAAGCGCCUCUCAGGAGAAACACUCUCCAUCCCUUAAUCCCCCCCAGAAGGGAGAGGUACAGCCUGAAAACCAUGUAGAUGAUGAGAAAAUGGCUGUGGAGAGAGGAACAGACAUUAACACAAUAUGAUGCUUAAUAAGUAUAGCCUUGAUUUCGGCAGACUUCACGGAACCUGAGUGAAAUUCAGAUAGAACCCAUUUCUCAGCAAGUUAAUUCUGUGAACUCUCUUUUGUAGGAGGAAAGGGGCCAACCUGUAAGGGCAGCCUGUCCAGGUAGAACUGUGUUCAGUCCACUACCAUGUGAGGGGGUCACAGCCACCCAGAGAGUGUCACCAGGAGGAGGGUGAAAGCAGCUGCCACCCCGUAAGGGCCCAGCUUGGCGAUGUCAGCUCAGGGUUACACAGUUCCGAUCUUAGGAGGGGCUUUCACACAUAGCGUUCGCUUCCUGCUGAGAUAGGGAAUGCGCCACUCUGCCGGAGUACGACUUUUUACAGAUGAUGAAAUAAAGCUAUAUAUGUCUCCUUGUUA